AUGUCGUUCUCGUCGUCGCGUACAUCCAGGACGGGGUUAUCUGCAGUAAAUGCGAAAAAUGCCAUAAUUGAAGGAAAGAGCAAAAAGUUGUUAAGACCAACUUUGAAGAAGUUUUUCGUAGCAGCCGCAGCGAGCAGCGGCAAAUCAGAAUGGGACAACGAAACAGGCACGGUGUAUUACGUCGAAGAAGAACUCUUCUCGAAUAAACAAAACCGUCCAGUGCUGCGAACCGGGGCGGAAGCGCAGACUUUGCCUCUCCCAGACAUCUCCAUCGUCAGCGACAAAAAGUUGCAAAAAGUGAGACUGACCAGUUCUGUUGAAAACGAAAGAGACUGUCCACCAGAAAAUGGACUACCUGAAAUAGCUUUGAUUGGUCGCUCUAACGUCGGAAAGUCUUCUUUGCUAAAUAUGCUCACGGAAGGUACGAGUCAUGCCAUCGUAUCGGCGAAUCCUGGUACAACGCGGUCCAUUAAUCACUAUCUCAUUGACGCAAAAUGGUACAUCGUCGACCUUCCUGGAUAUGGCUUUGCAAAGGCAACUGAGGAGGAAAUUUUAUCCUGGGAUACCUUCGCGAAAAACUAUUUCAAAACGCGUCAGACUCUCUGUGGAGUAUUGCUGUUGAUCGAUGCUUCGAUAGAAACCCAAGAUAAAGACUUAGACUACGCAAACUAUUUGAUAGGGAACGACAUACCGUUCACAAUUGUGUUCACAAAGUGUGAUAGAAAGAAAAAAGGCCCAAAUACUCCUACUGUGGAGGAAAACAUAGAAGCACUAGAAAAUAGACUGGAAGAAACGUGGCAUAGAUUACCAAGCAUCAUCAAGACUUCGAGCGUGAGUAAAGAAGGGCGAGGAGACAUCUUGAAAUUCAUUAGUUCGAUUAUACUGUUCAGACGACGAGCAAAUGCAGAGAAGAAGGAAAAUAAGCGGCGUUUGAAAGCGAGAAAUUUGAAGGAGAGAAAAUACAAGGAAAAAACUUCCAAAACCAAAAUGAGACAGCGUCCUCUGAAAAAGAAUCUCGAUCCAGACGGAAGCGAAAUGAGGAAAUGUUUCGAAAAGAAGUAG